UCGUGGGCGUGGAGAAGCUGCCCUCGUCGCAGUGUUCGGUUCGUGUUCGCUUCUCGUCUGUUGUUCUAGCUAGGAUUGGGUCUGUCGAGACGAUUGCAUCGAGCUCACCUGCGGAGGAUUGGUAGCAGUGUGUGAGAGCUCGUCGUCGACUUUUCUCCUCUUUCGAGCAAUUCUGACUGUUGUCUGUAACGCUUGAAGCUCGCCGCUGCAUACCCUGGUUUCCACCUAGCUCUCACCUCCCCUCUUUUCGCAUGCGUUGUUAGUAGUGCCUGGUCCUCGGAGGUUGAGAGCAGUGUAAUAGUUCUCUCUGAGAGGGAGAGAAAGAGAGAGAAAGGAGAGUCAGCACGGCAGGUGCUUGCCUUCUCUCUCCCUCUUUCUCUCUGGACGUUCAGAGAGAGGGAAGGAGGCAAAAGUAACGUGAGGUCAGUGUUUCUUAUUCGUCUGGGUUUACUCCAGACGAGUGACAAACACUAGCAACACCUGCCUCCCUCACUCUCUCUAGUCCCUAGCUCUCUUCGUUCAGUUUUUCUUUUGUUUUCCCCCUUAUGUUCAUUACUUCUUCUGUACGUGCUUCUGUCAGUGACCUUUAAGAUGCCUUGACUGCGCAAUCUUCCUGUUUCUCAAUCCUCACCACUACCCGGUGGUUGUGUAUUUGUAAAAAGCAUUCUCGAAGUAGACAAUGUCAGAUUUGCCCUCUCAUUGUACAUUCCUCCCUCCAAGCGAAGUAGCCUCCCUGUUUUCCGAAGGCUUCAAACAGGUCCAGGCCUCCGAGGACGGGGCAGCUGAACAUCACAUCGUAACUAAGUAGAGUUCGAGAGGAGUAGGUGGCUCAUUAGGAGCUCGCGUAGGUUGGAGUUCUGAUCCUGCAGUGCCAUCUAGUGUGGUAACGCAAAAGAAGGAGAACCACACUGAUUGUAGCCAUGAAGAGAGGUUAAGAGUGGGCACCGUGGCUUUCGAUAUCAGUGAAGGAAUGAGGUUGGGGGGUGUGACAGUUACGGUGACAGCGAACGGAGGGGGAGUAGGGCCGAAAUAUCUCUCAGAACUAGCUGUUAUGCCAUCCUCCGUAAUGGCCCCUCCGAGACUAGCGCCACCCAAUGCAAUGGCGCGGGGACCCCAAAAGAAUGUGUUUACAUCUCCAGGCCUAUCUCUGGCACCGCCGAGUGGGCUGGAAGGUCAGCCUCAGGUCAGCCAGAGUGCUGAGAGUGAGCAGGUGAAGCAGAAAGACAAUGAGGAGUAUGAGAGUAGAUCGGGUAGCGACAACAUGGAAGGAGGCUCUGGGGAUGAUCAGGACCCUGAUCACCCCCCGCGCAAGAAGCGCUAUCACCGCCACACCCCGCGCCAGAUCCAGGAAAUGGAAAUGGUGUUCAAAGAGUGCCCACACCCAGAUGAUAAGCAAAGGCAGGAACUCAGCAAGGAGCUCGGCCUGGAGCCUCGCCAGGUCAAGUUUUGGUUCCAAAACAGGAGGACGCAGAUGAAGGCUCAGCAGGAACGAGCUGAAAACUCUAUGCUACGAGCUGAGAACGAGAAGCUUCGUUCUGAGAACAUUACCAUGCGAGACGCCAUGAAGAACGCCUCCUGUCCGCACUGUGGGGGUCCUACGACGAUGGGAGAGAUGUCAUUUGAUGAGCAGCAGCUGCGCAUAGAGAAUGCUCGCCUCAAAGAUGAGAUCGACCGCGUAUCAGCACUAGCUGCGAAGUAUUUGGGGCGCCCUGUCGCACCAAUGAACUCUUUACCCCCAAUGUCAACGUCCUCCCUAGAGCUACAAGUUGGAGGUAGUUUUGGAAUGCAUCAGGGAACUGGCACUGACCUCGUACCUCAAGGCCCCUCCGUAGCUGAUGUGGCGACACGGCCAGGUGGUCUGUCGGAUGCUGAGAAACCAAUGGUCUUCGAGCUUGCUGUCGCAGCUAUGGACGAACUCGUUCGCCUUGCGCAAUCAGACGAGCCGUUAUGGAUUCCUGGUCACGAUGGUGCGAAGGAAACAUUAAAUUACGACGAGUACGUGCGUCAGUUUCCCAGAGGGAUUGGUCCGAAGCCUUUCGGAUUGAAAACGGAGGCCACUCGAGAGACUGGUCUAGUCAUGAUGAACGGUGUUACUUUGGUGGAGACUCUAAUGGAUCAUGUUCGAUGGACCGAAAUGUUUCCCUGCAUGGUCUCUAGAGCACUCACUGUAGAGGUUCUCUCUACGGGCAUCGGCGCGUGCAAUCGGAAUGGCGCUCUUCAACUGAUGUACGCCGAGCUUCAGGUUUUAUCUCCCCUUGUUCCCACACGUGAGUGCUACUUCUUGCGAUUUUGCAAGCAGCAUGGCGAAGGAAUUUGGGCUGUAGUCGAUGUGUCUGUCGACAGUCUCAGAGACAACCCACCUCCGGCGUUGAUGCGUUCUCGAAGACGGCCUUCUGGAUGCCUUAUUCAGGACAUGCCGAAUGGUUACUCGAAGGUGACUGUCCUCGAGCACAUGGAUUACGACGACAGAACCGUGAACCGGAUGUACAAAUCCUUAGUAAAUAGCGGCCAAGCUUUCGGAGCACAACGAUGGUUAGCCACCUUACAAAGGCAAUGUGAGCGUCUUGCAAGCAUGCUGGCCAGCAACCUCUCUCAGAGAGAUCUAGGUGGUGUGCCGACUGCCAAUGGUAGACGAAGUAUGCUCAAGCUUGCUCAAAGAAUGACAAACAACUUCUGCGCCGGAGUUAGCGCUUCUACUGUCCACACGUGGACUACAUUGGCAGGAAGUGGAGAGGACGACGUCCGAGUUAUGACUCGCAAGAGUGUCGAUAACCCCGGUGAACCGCAUGGCAUCGUUCUCAGCGCUGCUACUUCGCUAUGGCUACCCGUGUCCCCUCAGCGAGUUUUUGAGUUUCUGAGAGACGAACGUCUCAGACAUGAGUGGGAUAUUCUGUCCAAUGGUGGGCAUGUAGCGGAGAUGGCUCACAUUGCGAAAGGCCAGGACCCUGGGAACAGCGUGUCACUUCUCCGAGUGAAUGCUAUCAAUCCUGGACAAAGCAACAUGCUCAUUCUCCAGGAGAGUUGCACCGACGUGUCUGGCUCUCUAGUGAUCUACGCACCUGUUGAUAUUCCCGCGAUGACCUUGGUAUUGCAAGGCGGAGAUCCCGCCUACGUAGCACUGCUACCUUCAGGCUUCGCGAUCCUACCCGACGGUCCUGAGAACCGCCGCUCGCUUGGGGACGGUAGCGGCCUUCCUGAAAGCCCAAGGAGAACAGGCGGAGCGCUGCUUACAGUAGCGUUUCAGAUUUUGGUGUCCAGCGUGCCAUCGGCGAAGCUAUCUCUCGAAUCUGUGGCAACCGUCAACAACCUUAUCUCCUGCACUGUCCAGCGAAUCAAGCAAGCUCUUCAGGUGCCCGACGAGUCUUGAAUAUGAAUAUCGCCUUGGGGAUGGGUUACUUGGUGAAAUCUGCACAAGCGGUUUUCACUCUGCAUACUGACAAGAAAGGGAGGAAGUGACGACGAAGGUAAAUGCCGAGGAGGGAGACAUGUUCUCAGGUUAUCGCAGGAGCAGGGUACAGAAAGUUGAAAAGAGCUUCGCUUCGGGAGUGUGACGAAGUAGACAUGCUCGUAUCUAGUGCUUGUGAGAGCGCGAUGGUUGAGGGGUACUCAACACCUUGUGAAGCUCACAUUGAGCACGGUGUUGAGUGCUCCUCACAUCGCACUGGUCUCAGGCCUGUCGUAAAGUCAGUCAAUCAGGAUUAGCAGUCAGCUAGGUUACAAAUCUCAGAACGUUGACAAAUAAUGUCGAAUCACGCCUCCUUUGGAGUGCUUUUAACCAUCAAAGACUUUGAAGUGGAACGGACGUGCAGGAAAUAGUCAAGAACGCACCACAGAUGCCUCCUUGCUAAGUGGUAAGGCAUUAUGCACCCGAGUGUGCCUGUGCGCCAUCUCUAGCUCAACCCGGGCUUAUUUUGAUGCGCGCCUUGCACACUGAUGAGGGGCAUGUGUCUCACCACUCUGCAAGGCUAGUGGUUCGGGUAUUGACUUUCUUCCGGAAGUCCCCUCCCAUUCUAAAGAUUUUCAUUAGUUUUUACUUGGAGCGUCUCCACUAGGAAGCUGCCGCUGCGGUAUGUACACUUUUUGAAUCGACUGCAGUAAAGGUGGAGUUUGUGUAGCCUUGUCUUGAGUAUACCAUUUUGUAUAAAACGUAGGACGUUAUUGCGG